ACUCCACAGUGUGGGCUCUGUGAGGCUGAGGUGGUGGUCGGUUGCAGUGAGUGUGGGGAUCCUGGGGGAUUCCCCUUACCUGGCUUGUUUAUGAGUAUUAAAAGGAAGGAGUUGAGGCGUGAAGAACUAGGAUGGCAGUCAACAAGGGCCCAACCUUGCUGGAUGGAGACCUUCCUGAGCAGGAGAAUGUGCUACAGCGCGUCAUGCAGCUGCCUGUGGUGAGCGGCACCUGUGAGUGCUUCCAGAAGACAUACACCAGCACCAAGGAAGCUCACCCCCUGGUGGCCUCCGUGUGCAAUGCCUACGAGAAGGGCGUGCAGGGCGCCAGCAGCUUGGCCGCCUGGAGCAUGGAGCCAGUGGUGCGCAGACUGUCCACCCAGUUCAUAGCUGCCAAUGAGCUGGCCUGCCGAGGCCUGGACCAUCUGGAGGAAAAGAUCCCGGCCCUCCAGUACCCUCCUGAAAAGAUCGCCUCUGAGCUGAAGGACACCAUCUCCACCCGGCUUCGAAGUGCUAGAAAUAGCAUCAGUGUGCCCAUCACAAGCACUUCGGACAAGGUCCUGGGGGCCACUCUGGCUGGCUAUGAGCUUGCGAGGGGGAUGGCCAAAGAGACUGUGGAGUAUGCUGCUAACACCAGAGCUGGCCGACUGGCCUCUGGAGGGGCCGACUUGGCCUUGGGCAGCAUUGAGAAGGUGGUAGAGUACCUCCUCCCUCCAGCCAAGGAAGAGUCAGCCUCUGUUCCUGGACACCAGGGGGCCCAGAAGCCUCCCAAAGCCAAGCCAAGCCUUGUGAGCAGAGUGGGGACCCUGGCCAACACCCUCUCUCGACACACCAUGCAGACCACAGCCUGGGCACUGAAGCAGGGCCACUCCCUGGCCAUGUGGAUCCCAGGCGUAGCACCCUUGAGUAGCCUGGCCCAGUGGGGUGCAUCGAUGGCCACGCAGGUGGUGUCCCGGAGGCAGAGUGAAGUACGAGUGCCCUGGCUGCACAACCUCCCUGCUGCUCAGGAUGAGGACCACAAUGACCAGACAGACACAGAGGGCGAGGAGACAGAGGAGGAGGAAGAAUCAGAGGCUGAGGAGAACAAGCUCAGUGAGGAAGCAGCCCUGCCCAGCUCCAGAGGCCUCCUGGGCAGUGUGGCACACACCCUGCAGAAGACUCUCCAGGGCACCAUCUCAGCUGUAACUUGGGCACCUAUGGCUGUGCUGGGCACAGCAGGGAGGAUACUGCACCUCACACCAGCCCCUGCUGUCUCCUCCACCAAGGGGAGGGCCAUGUCCUUAUCAGAUGCCUUGAAGGGUGUGACUGACAACGUGGUGGACACAGUGGUGCACUAUGUGCCGCUCCCCAGGCUGUCUCUGAUGGAACCUGAGAGCGAAUUCCGAGACAUCGACAAUCCCCCAGCUGAGACAGAGCAUCGGGAGGCGGAGCGCAAGGGCUCUGGCGCGCCGCCUACUAGCCCGGAGCCGGCCGCGCCGCGCUUGGCGCAGCACCGCGGCAGCCUUCGUAGCGCGCGGGGCCCGGGCCUGGAGGACAAGAUCGAGACGACCUCCGUACCGCGCUGCGGCUUCCUGGCCAUGCCCCGCGAGAAGCCGAAGCGCAGGGUCAGCGACAGCUUCUUCCGGCCCAGCGUCAUGGAGCCCAUCCUGGGCCGCACGCAGUACAGCCAGCUACGCAAGAAGAGCUGAGCCCCGGACGCCCGCGCCCCGCC